AAAACAUUAGGCCUCCAAAAUAGUGUUUGUGAUUUAAAAGCGACUAGGAUAUUGUUAUGAAAGAUUAUGGUUUAUUGCAGUUCUAGUAUUAUAAAACUAAAUAUGGCCAAGAGAAUUCACGACGUCGUUCAGCGCUUUGCUUCAGGAACUACAAUACAUGGAGUGCCAAAACUUAUACGAGCGCAAACCAUUCCGGGUAAGAUUUUCUGGUCUUUGAUAUGCCUAGCUGCUCUAGGGGUGUUCAUUUUUGAAUUAGCGCUUCUCCUACAAAAAUUCUUUGGAUAUCCGAAAAGCGUUGAUGUGAAGGUCGUGCAGGAACCAGUUGCGUUUCCCUCUGUGACGGUUUGUUCCGUCCAUGCCAUGGACCCUUUUGUGAUUCAUAAAAUUUACAAACUUCGACAGGAACAGAUGGAACAUCGUAUGCGACGUAAACCUUGGGUUAUAUCAAAAAAUGUUUCUGAUUUUGAAAAAUGGUACUUUGACACGUUCUUAAAAAAGUCUAUGUCUUAUGUACUGGAACCGAGCUACUUAGAAGGACUGAUAGAUAGACAUGAUCUCAAAACUGAGUUUUUCCCAUCGCUGUCCUCGAGAUUAACAUUGGCUGCUAAUUUGAAUAAAAGUAUCACAUUCCCAGGGGUAGAACCAGCAGAGCUGAUUGCGUUUUGUAGAUAUGCAAGGCAGGAAUGCUCCUUUGAACAUUUUAAGACAGUAUUUGAUCCGUAUUACUUUAACUGCUUCACAUUUAAUGCGUCAGUCAUAGCCGGAAGUCUGAAGACUUUAGCAGAGGGGAUUGAAAACGCAUUGUCCAUUGUCAUGUACAUACCAAAACUGCACAACGAAAUCAAAAUUGGCACAAAGGUAAAACUACCAGGUAUCGUUGAACAUGACAUCCGGGACCCACUAGCCGGAAGUGGAGGUGUGAGAGUAGUUAUUCACCCGCCAGACACGCAACCCCAUCCCGCAACUGAAGGGUUCGAUAUAAUGCCUGGAUACUCCGUAUCCAUUGGCGUAAAGACCACUGAAAACACCCGACUUGGUCGUCCCUAUGGCAACUGCACAGAAACAACCAAGGGAGUUUUUAGCGAUAAGGCUAGUUAUAGAUACACAAUGACAUCGUGCAGAAAAAAAUGUUUACAGAACCUACUCUCGCGAGAAGUGAAGGACGGUUGUGGUUGCUUGGACGUUGUGCUUCCGACUUUUCCCGAGGUCAAUGGUGUUGAUUUUUGCGCAAAAUUUGAUGACAUCCCACGAAAAUGCAUUUUUGGGCCUUUUGCCCGCCGAAAUGAAUCGUGCAAGGAGUUGAAGGCCAGAUGGUUGAAGCGCAUGAUAUGCAUGCGUGAUAUCGAGACUAGUGGCUCUCACGAGCAUAUUGCAAUCACUGAAAACUGCAACUGCCAUCCGCCUUGCAAGGACCUUUCCUACGAAUUCUUUUAUAGUAAUUCGUUGUGGCCAGGCCAACAACACAAACAGGAUGUUUACAGGGACUUAUUCAUUUCUAGAAGAUUCGAAAGGCGCUUCCAAGAAGGUCAGAGAACGUAUUAUUUUGGUGCUGAAAACGCUCAAGCUCUGAAUGUUACUGAACAAGAAAAAACAGUUGACAGAUUUGCAAGACUUAACGUAUACUUAUAUGACACAAAUGUGGUGAAAAUCACGGAAACAAAAGACUAUACUGGUAUUCAACUAAUAUCAGACGUGGGUGGACAACUUGGCCUCUGGUUGGGAAUAUCUAUUAUAACAUUAACUGAGGUCUUCGAACUCAUUGCAGAUAUUGUCCAUUUGUGUCUAAAACGGAAGCGGAAACAGAGUAUCCGCGAAGGAAAUUGUACACCAGCUGAGAUUACUGCUUUAAACCGAAGAAAUGGAAGUACAACUGUGUAAUGAAACUAUCGAAAAGCAAACUAGAGCAAAUAAUACUUUACCUUAUGGUGAAUGAUUGUAAAUAAUCGGCGAAUCACCCAUGCCCUGUACGAAGUUGUGAUUUGAACGGGCGGUCCAAACAUCGUUUUCGUUUUCAUUCAGAAUUUCAAAAUUUGAAAACAAGAUCCAUGAUUUGACACAAAUGGACCAGAAAUCAUCCUAUGGAUAUCCAUAUUACCCCUGAUGAAUAAUUAAAAUGUUUUAGAGAGAGCAAUUUUAGUGGUGAACUUUUUAGUGGAAAGGGUGUGAAUGACAUCAUAAAGUGCGUCACCGUUUAUUGUGUAAAUCGAACAAAAUGGGUUCCAAGUAUUCUUCUGUCAGUCGCAACCAAGUAGUGUUCGAUAGUACAGUAUGGAAUAAUAUAAUUUGUGUAUAUAUAAUAUAUAUUAUGGUAUGUUUGUAUUAUCUGGUACAUGUAGCUGUUAGUGUGAUAUAUGAUAAAUAGUCUGGAUUUAUAAUACACAAAGUUA